CUCGCUUUCUUCUGCUAGUGGAACCACCCUAAUCAUCUCUUCUUUCCUUUUUCUUGGAUUAAUAAGUGAAAACCCUAAAAUCCUUCUUCUUAAUGAACCCAUCACUAGUAAAUCGAAUCUUUCGACAUUGAAUCUCGCGAAAACUCAAAAAACAAAUCGAUGGCGAAAGGCACAUCCACAGGGGAGAUCAUGAUCCGCACAGGUUGCAAAAGGGAGUUGCAAUUCAUGUUGAAAUCUCAGUCCGAGAUCUGUGGAGGGGAGACUCUAGGUCGGACUCGUGGAAGCAAAAUCUUGAUUAGACACUCCACAAGUGCAGAUGCGAAGAGACACAGUCGGGUUGGGAUAAAGAAGAUGCGUCUCAUUACAAAAGAUGAGGAUGAUGUUGUUAUGUCUGAUUCUGUUGAAGAAGAAGAAGAAAAGAGCGACGUUGUUGAUGUUGAUGAAGGGUCUGAUAAUGUGAUGAUUGAUAAAGAUCAGCCAAGGGAGAGGCGACUUGAGAAAGGUACACAUGCAGUUAAUGAGGCUGUGAAGGAAAGAGAGAUUGUGAUUGAGAGAGAACUUGUUUUAGCAUGUCCUGUUAGUUUUAGUAAGUUCGGGAAAGUGACUUCAAGAUCUUGUCGUGUUAAGUUGGAGAGUGGUCUUGGUUAUAAAAAACCUGGUAGAAGGUUGACCAGAUCUAUGUUGAAGUCUGAGUGUAUCAACUCUGAGGCUAAUGGUGAUCAUGAUGUGAAUCCGGGAAAGGACGCUACAGGUAGUGAAGAUGAUUGUGUUGCUGAAGGUAGCAAAUCUGAGGCUAAUGGUGGUGAAGAUCAUCUAAAUGAAGAAAGGGAAGCUAAAGAUAGUUCUGUUGCUAAAGGUAGCACAUCAGAGGCUAGUUCUGAUGAAGAUCAUAGAAAUACAGAGAAAGAUGCUCAAGAAAGAUGUGUUGAUGCUGCUACGUUAGUGGCAUGUGGGAGGAAGAAAGAGCUUCAUGAGCAAAAUAGUGAGGAUCCGGUGCUUGGGGAUCCAACUGGAUUGUCGCAGAUGAAUGGUCAUACACGAGGCGGUUAUAAGAAGGCAGUGAAUGAUUCUGUAGAUAAGUCUUUGAGGAGACUAACCAGGUCAUUAGUGAAAUCAGAGGCUAAUGGUUACGAAGAUCAUAUCAAUGCAGAAAGGGAAAGAAAAGAUAGUCAAGAUAGUUGUGUUGAUGCGGCUACUUUAGUGGCAUCUGACAAGGAAGAGGAGCUUCAUGAGCAGAAUAGUGUGGAACCAUGCCUUGGUAUUAUUCACCAUGUUGAUAAGAAGGCAGUGAAUGAUACAGUAGAUACACCUUUGACGAGGUUAAACAGGUCAUUAGUCAAACAAGAAGGUGAUUUAGAGAAUCCUAAUUUGGAAAAUAACAUCGAAUCAAAAGACUUGUGCAAGCUAGAUGUGAAUGCCAAUGAUGAGUUUCAAAGUCCUUCUACUACAACUCCCAACAAGCGUGGAAGGCCCAGGAAAUUUAUGAGGAAUUUCCCAGCAAAGCUGAAAGACCUUUUCGAUUCUAGAAUACUUGAGGGGCUAACUGUGUACUAUCUUCGAUGUGCAAAGAUGAGAGAGGCAGGGGCUAGAGGGCUUAAAGGAGUAAUAAAAGGAUCUGGAGUUUUGUGCUUUUGUGGUGCUUGCAAAGGAACUCAAGUGGUAAGCCCCGCAGUCUACGAGCAUCAUGCUUCUAGCACAAACAAGCGCUCACCUGAAUAUAUCUUACUGGAGUCUGGAUUCACACUUCGGGAUGUCAUGAAUGCAUGCAAGGAAACUCCCUUUGAUACACUAGAAGAAAAACUCCGUGGGGUAGUUGGACCAGAUGUAAAGAAAUCUAGCCUGUGUUUCAAUUGCCAAGGUCCAUUGGUUGAGCAUUGUGAAACGAAGUCAUUAUUUUUGUGCAAAUCGUGUUUGGAGAGAAAGGAACCAGAACUCCCUAUCAGUCCUUCUAAAGCAACUGGUGUUCGUAGGGGAUCGCCUAACCCAAGUUUGGUUCCGAGAACUAUCAUUGAUAGGUCAAUAUCCAGUCCUCGCCAAAGUAACAGGCGUGAACAACCAACCCAAAAGUCACCUGAGCCUUCAGUAACUGUUGCGAAUGGGUCAGAAUCCAGCUCCAUCAAAAGUAACAGCCUUGGGAAAUUAACCAGAAAGAAUUUGCGGCUGCACAAACUUGUCUUUGAGGAUGAUAUACUACCAGAUGGGACUGAAGUGGGUUAUUUUGUUGCUGGAAAGAAAUUGCUUGUCGGCUAUAAGAAGGGAUUUGGGAUACAUUGUUCUUGUUGCAACAAAGUGGUCAGUCCUUCAGCGUUUGAGGCCCAUGCUGGCUGUGCAAGUCGUCGGAAGCCGUUUCAGCACAUUUAUACAACCAAUGGCGUAUCUCUCCAUGAACUAUCAGUAGCACUAUCAAUGGACAAGAAGUUUUCCAUCCGUGAAAAUGAUGACAUUUGCCGUAUCUGUCAGGACGGGGGUGAACUCUUGUGCUGUGAUACCUGUCCAAGAUCGUAUCAUAUAGCAUGUGCUGAUUUACCAAGCCUUCCGAGUGAGAGGUGGUCCUGCAAAUAUUGUGUGGAUAUGAUUGAGAGAGAGAAGUUCGUGAACAGCAAUCUUAACGCCGUUGCAGCUGGUAGAGUUCGUGGAGUUGAUGCAAUUGCUCAGAUAGCCACAAGAUGCAUUCGAAUUGUCAGCUCUCUUGUAAGUGAGCUCCCAAGUGUAUGCGUGUUAUGCAGAGGCCAUAGUUUUUGCAGGUUGGGCUUCAAUUCUCGCACUGUGAUACUCUGUGAUCAGUGUGAAAAGGAGUUCCAUGUUGGCUGUUUGAAAGACCAUAACAUUGCUGAUCUUAAGGAACUACCUAAAGACAAAUGGUUUUGUUCCCUUGGGUGCGAAAAGAUCAACACUUCAUUAGGUGAUCUGAUAGGUCAAGGAGAAGAGAAGAAGCUUAGUAACAGUUUUCUGAAUUCUAUAUCGAAGAAGCAAAAACCUAAUGAAGAAAGCUGUCCAGAUGACAACACCACUCCAGACAUAAGAUGGAGGAUCCUUAGUGGAAAGUUGGCCUCUUCGGAUGAUACAAAAGAGUUUCUUAAGAAAGCACUUUUGAUUCUUCAUGAGCGGUUUGAUCCUAUCAGUGAAUCUGGGACCAGGGGAGAUCUCAUUCCAGCCAUGGUGUAUGGAAAGAAAGCAAAAGGCCAUGAUUUCAGUGGCAUGUACUGCACCAUGUUGACUGUGGAUGAAGUGAUUGUUUCCGUGGGAAUCUUUAGGGUUUUAGGACCUGAACUAGCGGAACUCCCUCUGGUUGCUACCACUAGAGAUUAUCAAGGGCAGGGUUACUUCCAGUGCCUGUUUGAUUGCAUCGAGAGGCUGCUUGGAACCCUAAACGUGAAAGAACUGGUGCUACCAGCAGCAGAUGAAGCCAAAUCCAUAUGGACUGACAAAUUUGGUUUCACCAAGAUGACCGAAGAGGAGGUGAAAGAAUGCAGACAAGACUACUCGGUGAUGGUCUUUCAUGGAACAUCAAUGUUGAGAAAGAAGGUACCUGGAACGAGUGUUGCUGACGUGAGUAAACCUGAGAAGGAGGAAAGUAUGGAGGAGUAAAAAGCUCAAGGUUAUUUUUUUGGAAGUGGGUGAAUCGAUACAGGUUUGAUGAUAUGCCUCUUUUUAUGCUUUGUAUUUUUUGGGUAGUAGGCCACGUAUUAGUGUACAGGUUUUUCCCACCUAAUGUGUUAAUCUACCUCGGCAACUGAAAGAGAUGGCACUAAGGGUGUGGAGGAUUUGGUCAUGUGUAGACUAGUUAGAGAGACACAAGGAAGUGUGGGAAGUUAUUUUACUAAUCUCGUCUUUUGGGGUCUUGUUACGAUUAUAUGAGAAGCUAAUGUUUUUGUAAUGGUAAGAAGAAAAUGAAAAAACAAUGUUACUUUUGUUGCAAAAGUCAAGCAAAUUUUACGCAUUGCCUUUGAAAUGGAUCCCAUAACCAUUAAUGCUCACAGUAAAAAUUGUUGGAUAUUUUGC